CACACGAGUCUGCCACUCCUUCCGCCACGCGGUCGAACGCCAGAAUCGUGAAAGCCGUGGUCGGGGUGGUGGUUCUCGCGUUGGUGGAGGUAAUAUUGCGACUGGGGUUUCGUCGUCUCUGCAGCCUUCAGCUGAUUCGGAGUGGGAAAAUUAUUCGUCUUUACUGCACGACGAUGAUUCAUCGGAGUGGGAAAAUCAUUCGUUUUUACUACAAGACGAGGCGCAACAAGCACAUCAUGCGGGGCGGCCAGCAAGCGCUGCGCAGCGCCCGCCGUCGCCGCGACCGCAACCGCAACAUGGUGGGCAAGAACAUGGAUCACCACGGGGACAACAAGGGGCAAGUGCUCAUCCUCCCAGAGACGAACACAUCAUGCAGUGUGAUCCCGAUGAUACGGACGCUUUCACGCAGGACGCUCUGAAAAAUGUAUCGUAAGGAAAAAUCCCCCCUCCCCAUAUUGAAAACGCACCGUCCUGGAAAUUUGCGUUGCAGAUUUGUGACCACAAAUCCGGUUUGUCAUGCAAGAAGGCAACUUUAGGCUGUCCCCCGCGUUAUGUAGGCGAUUUGUAAUGCUGUAGGGCCUACAGGGCAGACGUCUGCCAUGCUAGGCGCCUACAGCAAGAGGCCCCUGUCUAGGCUUGCGAUCUGCGUGCAUUGCUCUACUGCAAGACAGAUUUGAUUUGUGUACAGAAAUUCCGCAUCACAGAUUUCCGUUUUGAUAUGGGGAGGGGAUAUUUUUCGUUUUGAUAAAAUGCGAACAGGCUGUUGCUGAUUGUGGAUGUGGUGCAAAAGAAGGCCUGGUGCUUCGAAGACACGGAUGAUGCAGCUAAGUACUUCUCGGACGUUCCCAGGGCGGAGGGAUUCAAGCCCAUUCCAGCUACUCGGGCCACGACCGGAUUCUUCAGCAAUGGGAAACUCACUUGGGUUCUGCUGCGUGAGCGCGAGCUGCCGUCGGGCUCGGGGGGCCAUGCAGGUUUAACAACACAAAUGCAAGUGAUGAAGCGUAGGUGGGGCUGGCGCUGGGACGCCGAGGAAGGAAGACGGGUCCACGUCGUGACGUCAAGAGAAUACGUUGACCCGUCCAGCUUCUCGCGCAAGUUGGCCUGGGUGCCCCAGUGGUUCGCAGACUGGAAAAGAACCAUGGCAGCUGCGCGCGAGGGAAGCCGUUCCGAGCCGCAGCUACCCAUUCCGUGA